AGGAAGUGGAGGUAGAGGAGGAAAAGAUGGAGGAGCAGGAUGGGAGGAGCCACCUCCCUCCUCCCCUCCUGCUCCAGGAUGGCCCCGCCCCUCCUGGCUCGUAUGUCAGAGAACAGACGGAGAUGAGCGCAGGAGGAGCAGAGGAGAACAAAGGAGGAGGAGGCAGGAAGAGAAUGCCCAGACUGAAGAUCCCUGCCAAGAUCUGGAGGACCCACAAGAAGCAGAACCAGCAUGAAGAGCUGGACUGUGUGGAGAAGGAGGGGCAGAAGGAGGAGCAGCAGGAGGAGCAGCAGGAGGAGGUUUGCAGGAGGCUUAUCCUCAGGGAAGAGCUUCUCUUCAGCCAGGAUGCUCCAAGUGAGGAGGAGGAGGAGGAACUGCAGAGAGACGUUGAGACUCUGACUCUGCAGAUAAAGGAGGCCAUUGAGAACACCUUCAGCUCCUCCCCGACCCAGCAGGAGGUGCUGAGGAGGGCCGUAGCCUCCAUCAUGCAGCAGGAAGCGCAGGACAGGCGUUGGGCGGAGCGUCCAGAGGGCCGGGUCCCAGCAUGGCGUCCUCUGAAGAGUCUGAGCCGUCACAAUGCUCUGCUGCAGAACCUGGUGAUGUCCAGACUGAUGGACGCUGCAGAGGACGAGCCGGGUGGGAUGGACAUAUUGUCUUCCACCGUGAAGAGACAGGUGUGCAGGCUGGGGAAGCGUGUGAAGGAGGAUCUGCUGAUGGUGGCGAAGACGGUGAAGGACUGUUACCCUCCUCACAUGGACAUCCUCAACAUCUACGCUGGACUCUACCACCAAACAUUCUCCGUCCAACUGGACCAGCUUGCUGCUCCAGGACUGGAACCAGACGACUGCAGCUACCUCCUGUACUGGGUCAACCACUGCUACCCUCAAGAGAUCCUCAGACACGAGGAGCUGGAUGGACUCAUAAAGACGGCUUGUCUGGGUUCUCUGCUGCUGCCGGAUCAGCUGAACCUCCUGGAGGAGCAGUACCUGAGCUACAAGGAGGACAAAGUGAGGCUAUGGCUGAACACUGCUCUGAAGAAGGAGGAGGACACCUGGCUGAGCGGCAGCACACCUGAGCUCAUCGACAAUUACUACUUUAGUCCACUGGCUGUAGACGCCAUUCAGGUGAUGAAUAACUUUCUGACUGAGUUUAACGUUACGAUCAAAGACCAGAGCAGAAUUCAGAGGCUCACAGUUCACCUGGAGAACUUCCUGUGCAGCUACAUGAAGUGUGUGGAGGAGCUGGUGAGCAGAGGACAACCCAAUGGCCACUCCGUCCUCAAAGCUCAGCUGGUCUGUGAGCAGCAGCUCAGGGAUUACAUCACAGAUCAAACAGGAAGUCUGACUGAGGAGCAGAGAUGUCGUUGUCUGCGCACCCUGUCUGCCCUGAAGGACUGUGGAUACAGGAGUUUGACAAGUCCUCUCCAGCUGAAGAUGUGUCUCCGGCAGCUGUGGACGACGUCCUGGAUGGAUGGCUCACUUCCUGUCAUUGAUUCUCUGUUGGAUUCUCUGAACCAACAAUUGUCCGGCCUGACUGACCUGAAGCCAGACUGCAGGCAGGACCUGCUGGCUGUCCUCCAUCAGGACGUGGUGCUGCAGUACGUCAAGAAGAUGAUGAAAAGCAGGAUGAAGAGAAGAGAGGAGGAGCUGGCUGGAGCUCAACGGAUGAUCGAAGACGCUCGCAAGAUGGACGCCUUCUUCCUGGACGAGGGCUGCAUCCAGCCGUCGUGGCUCUGUGAGUUGCUCUGCAGUCUGGCUGAGAUCCUCCAGCUCCAGGAUCCGGCCAGUGUUCAGCUGGAGUUGGUCAAUCUGGCCCGGAACUUCCCCGACCUCAGUGCUGCUCAUGUGUUGGCGUUGUUGAAUCUGAAACCCGGCCUCUCAGCUGCUGACGUUCAGUGCAUCAAGCGCAGCGUGAAGGAGAACCGCCUCCUUUGUGUCUCAGCCAAUCACAGCCCAGCGUUCUUCUCCAAGGUCAAAGUGAAGUGGAUGAAUAAUAAAAUCAAUCACAUGACGCUGAGCAAACCUAAAUGGCUUUAGCAUGUUGUUAGCAUGUUAGCAGGCUGACUCAGUUUGUGUGUAGUCAUCUGCCGUGUUGUUAAACUGGCAGCCAUGUUGAAGGCGUAUUAGAGAUUCAAAGAGUUUAUCAUUUAUGUGCUCAGUGCAGAAACGUGUUUCCUCUACAAUGUAGCAACAAUAUAAAAGAUCCUAGAAAUAGAAUAUAAACAUAAUACAAGAUAUAAAAUAACUAGUGCAUCACAUGACCUCAGUGGUCCAUGACUGUAGCUCCUGUCAGCUGUUAGGGUUAGAAAGGACGAACCCCUGUACCUCCGGCCUGGGGGCGGGGGGGUGCAUGUGUGCAUGUUGGGGGUUGGUGGGUGGGGGCAGCUCUCCACUGUAACCUGUGUUCUCUGGCUUCAUCCAUUCAUGUCCUCAAUGAGUCAGUGAAUAAAGUGUAACAACAUGAGUCAGCGUCUUUGUGUGUUUAAUAUUCAGAGUCAGCUGGUCUCUGACACCAUAGAUGGUUCAAUCUGUAAUUGUGAGGUUCAUGUGUAUAAUAACAUUAUAAUAAAAUAAAAUAAUAACAUUAUAAUAAAAUAAAAGGACUCAUAAUGUCAAUGUUUGUAAAAGAACCUAACGGAGAGAAUGGGGAAACGUUUAACGUCACCAUGGAGACCACUUCCUGGACCAGUGGUCACCGUGGAGACUGCUCAGUGUUAAUGCUGUAACCUUGGCAGCCAGGGAGAGCUGUGAUUGGUAGGAGUGGUGUACAGGUGUGUCCUGAAGGAAGACAGGUGAGAGGCAGCGUUAGGCCACAGAGACUUUAUUAGAGAGUUGGUGUUAGAUGAGUCCAGGUGGACACAGGACAUGUUGGAAGACGGACGUCUAACGUCCAGCAGCUUCUGAUUGGUUACAGUGAGGACAGGGUUGUGGGGUCAGGGAGUGAUGGGGAGGGGCUAGAGGGGGAGGGGCGUGGUCA